GUGUAAUAUAAUAUAUAUAUAUAUUGUCAGGCCGUUUAUUCGUUUCAAUUUUUAUUUUUCACGGUUUCAAUUCGUUAGAUCGACCAUGUAACAAUAAAUUAUUAUAUAGCUACAUAAUGAUUUAUAAAGGACCGCUUAAGUGUUUGUGUAUGUGUGUGUGUGUGUGUGUGUGUGUACCUAGUACCUACAACGGCGUUACCUAGAAAGGCGGCGGUGGCGGCAGAGACGUUUCGUCGAACCGUUUUUGGCCAGCCUGAAAAACAGUUGCUCCUCCUUCGCCUAUGCUACAUUGCCGCUGCCGCAUCACGAGUCACGACCACCGGAAUCCCCACCACCACCGCAGCUGACGACCACGACAUCUACGUAUCCCCGGUCGUAUUUGCCGCCUAUCGAACGGCGCUCGGCACUCGCGGGCAGCUCGGCCUUAACAGUCGACAAUCAGACAAUCCACAGGUUACGUAGUACUCUGUUAAGUCAUCGGUCUGCUAUCGUAGCAUCGAGUCGUAAUAUCCCUUCCGAAUUAUCGCAUUUCUGCACGUUUACUUCGAAAUUUUUCGCAAAUACAUCGAAUACUUUUUUUUCCUCUUAAUUUAUAUUAAUCAACGUUUAUCAUGCCUAAUGCUGUAAAUGAAACAAUGAAUCACGUUCAUGAACCAACGGAAGACGAAUCGUUUCAAAGAAUAGAUGCAGAACAAAUUGAUCUAGAAGAAGACGACAUGGAAACGAAUACGAAUGACAGUGACACUUGGCCCAAUCACGAACACGAGAAUGACAACAUAUUUUCCGAUAAUGAUGAAAUAAACAGCAGUCCGUCGCCGACGAUGGAAACAGCUAGUCCGUCCGUCCCUGAAGUCAUGCAUAUCGGGUCUUCGGACGCCGCGGCCGGUCGAAAUCGUGGCAGGAACGUAGCUAGAAGAGGACGUCGUGGCCCUCAUUCAAGGUUAAGUCACUCAAGAGCUCCAUUUCCUUUGUACUGCAGUACGCCUUUUGGAUGUGGCUUGACAUUCAAUGGUUUUGCCAAAAACCUUGAACUAGAGAAAAUUUUGGACUGUACUGCUGCAGUGUCCUGGAGUGAUACACUAUUGUUUCUAGUCCAAUGGCGCAACGACGGCAAUAAAGUCAGAAUAAUUGAGUCCAGCCUUUUGCGGAAGUAUAGUCCGCAAAUGCUUAUGGACUUUUACGAAAAGAAGAUGGUCGAACAUUGUCGCUCAUGAUACGCCUGCUUCAGUUCGCAAGCAAUUAAUAAAAAAUGCCAUUUUCAGUUUAAUUUUUUUACAUUUAUAUUGUUCAUAAUACAUAUUAUUUAAAUUAAUAUUAUAUUUUUUUUCUUAAUGGUAGUUUUAAUCAAUAAUUUAAUCCUUUUUUUUUAUUUGUAUAAUAUAUUUUUUGAACAUUUUUUUUUCUAAUAUUAUUUUAAGAUUAAAUGACACUAUACAAUUAUAAUUAUAAUUAAAUAUAUAGAUUCCUCCUUUUAUGAAGUGUUGUCAACUCUUUAUUUCCGUGUAAUGUUUCUUGAAGGUGUGCAAGUAUAAUAUGUAUUGACAUAUAAGUCAUCUAACAACGGUUUUGCAACAGUUAAAUCUUAAAU